UUUUUAUUCUCUAGCAAUUUUAAAAAUUUAUAGGUUAAAUUCACAGAAAUUUGACAUAAACAAAGAGGUUAGUUAUUAAGUUUCCCAAAAAACCUUAAAAAUGGAUAUUGGUGAAUUACUGGACUACAAACCCCCUCAAGGCGUAAAACGCCCAGUCGAGAAUGAAAACGAUGAAAUCGAAAAACAGAGAAAAAUGCGGCGAAUUGCACGGGAUAAAGCCAAUAGAAUGUCCCGUGCCGCAUCCCCAACCCCGUCAAUACAAACUUUGGACCAGAUAUCCGAAGAAGAAAGACAAGAAAUAUUAAAAUUUGUGGAAACUGAACAAACAGAAGGCGAAGUCAUUGACGAAGCGGCAAUCAAGCGAAUUGUUCUAAAUUUCGAAAAACGGAGUCUCAAAAACAGAGAAAUGAGGAUCAAGUUUCCAGACUCGCCUGAAAAGUUUAUGGAGAGCGAGCUCGAACUACAUGAAAUUUUACAAGAAAUGAGGGUGUUAUCGACCGCACCUGACUAUUACCCCCUUCUUGUGAAGCUGCAAGUCAUACCCAGCUUGCUGGAACUGUUGGCACAUGAUAACACUGAUGUGGCAGUGGCGACCGUGGAGCUGUUGCAAGAACUGACCGAUGUGGACAUCCUCCACGAGUCUGAAGAAGGUGCCGAAGCCCUAAUUGACGCCUUGCUCGACCACCAAGUGAUAGCCCUCCUCGUCCAAAACCUGGACCGUUUGGACGAAAAAGUGAAGGAGGAAGCAGACGGUGUCCACAACUCCCUAUCAAUAAUAGAAAACUUGACCGAACUCCGCAAUGACAUUUGCAACGAGGCCACCAAACAGGGCUUGCUCCAGUGGCUCUUGAAACGGUUGAAAGUCAAAGCCCCUUUCGACGCCAACAAACUCUACGCCAGCGAACUCCUCUCAAUCCUGCUCCAAGACAACGAAAAAAACCGAACUGCUUUGGGCGAAAUGGACGGAAUCGACACUUUGUUGCAACAGUUGGCCUUCUACAAGCGCCACGACCCCUCCAGUGCCGAAGAACACGAGCUAAUGGAGAACCUGUUCAACUGUUUGUGCAGCGCACUGAUGAUCGUCUCAAACCGAGACCGGUUUCUCAAAGGCGAGGGCUUGCAACUGAUGAAUUUGAUGCUCAGAGAGAAGAAAACCUCGCGGAACGGCUCACUUAAAGUGCUGGAUUACGCAAUGUCGGGCCCCCAUGGCAAAGACAAUUGCAACAAGUUCGUGGAUAUUUUAGGCCUGCGGACCAUUUUCCCCCUAUUUAUGAAAACGCCGAAGAAGAACAGGAAGAAAGUCUUGUCGACGGAAGAGCACGAAGAGCACGUCACUUCGAUUAUCGCGUCCAUGCUGCGGAAUUGUCGCGGGUCGCAGAGACAAAGGCUCAUUAGUAAAUUUACGGAAAAUGAUCACGAGAAAGUCGACAGGUUGCUUGAGCUACACUUCAAAUAUUUGGAGAAGGUUGAAGCCAUUGAUGAGGCCAUUGAGGAGGAAAAUGGAGUUGAGGAUGAUGAUGCGAGUUAUAUGAAGCGGCUGGAAGGAGGAUUGUUCACGUUGCAGUUGGUGGAUUAUAUUAUUGUGGAAGUUUGUGCUGCGGGACCCGCCAGUAUUAAGCAGCGAGUUAUGCAAAUCCUCAAUCUUAGGGGGGCUUCGUUGAAGACGAUAAGGCACAUUAUGCGGGAAUAUGCCGGGAAUUUGGGGGACGAAGGGGAUAAGGAGUGGAGGGAUCAGGAGCAGCAACACAUUUUGCACUUAGUUGAUAAGUUUUGAUAUGUUAUUGCCAUUACUUCGAAUAAAAAUUAUUUCAUUUGGUA